AUCCAAAAGUCAAGUCAGUAACCUUCUGUCAUCUGUGUAUUAAUUUUUAGAAUUUUUGUCGAAAUCGCAAAAAUUCAUAAGAGUUUCAGUGUUAAUCGUUGUAUUUAAUUGUACCUGUCUAUUAUGUCAUUAUAUUUAUAGUCGAAAUUAUUUAAGAUAUAUAUAUAUAUAUAUAUCGAAACAGUACCAAACUCUUCCAAUCUGAAGUUAAAACAUUUGUUAUUGUGCUCUCUCAAGACUCGAGACCGUCGGCCUUACCGUGUACUAAAAAGGCUACGCGCUGUAGUGACCAUGAGUGGGUCGUGGGAGGAUUUCUUUGCGACGCACCUGCCUCCCACUGACUUUGAGGAUAACCGCUCCUUGCUCAAGGAGUUCUGUGAACGGCACGACCGACAGGGACACAGGAUUGUAUUGGUCACUUCUGGCGGCACCACAGUACCGCUCGAACAUAACACGGUACGAUUCGUGGAUAACUUCAGUGCGGGAAAGCGCGGUUCGGCUUCGGCAGAAUAUUUUCUGGAGCAAGGCUACGCGGUCAUCUUUAUGCAUCGGCUGAAGUCGUUGGAGCCCUUCACGAGACACUUCAACGGCCAGAAGUUACUCGACAUGCUCGAGAUGCAAGAUGAAUCCAAUAAUACUACUAUCAGAGUGAAACAGGACAGCGUGUUCGCCUUGGCCCCGGUGCUGUCACGGUAUCAGGCCGCGCACGCGGCCGGGGCCAUUCUGCACGUGGCCUUCACCACGGUGUCCGAGUACUUCUGGCUGCUGAGGGCCGCCUGCGAGGUGCUGGCUAAGUCCGGCCCCAGGGCCCUGCUGUAUCUGGCCGCCGCCGUCUCGGACUUCUACAUCCCCAAGGAUAGCAUCCCCACCCACAAGAUGCAGUCGGAGAGCGGACCUCCGGUGAUCCAGCUGCAUCUGGUGCCGAAGCUGCUGGCGCCCCUCGUCAACCUCUGGGUGCCCGACGCCUACGUGGUCUCCUUCAAGCUGGAGACCGAGGAGAAUCUGCUCAUUCCUAAAUCGAGGGCGGCUCUGGAGAAGUAUAAGCAUAAGAUGGUGAUCGCUAACAUGCUGCAGAACCGGCACCAGCGAGUGUUGGUCGUGACCAGGGAGGCCAACCAGGAGAUCCUGCUGUCGAGGGAAGAGCUCCUGGCGGGCGCAGACAUCGAGGCGGGGAUAGUCGGCGUCAUAGUGAGCCACCACUCGGAGCACUUGGCGCACUCCGAGGCCCGCUGAGGGUCGCUUCUCCCUCGCAAGAGGCUCUACCUCGUCGACUAGCCGAUUGGACUUCAAAUGGUUCGAUUCCCGGUUUCGGAAGUAAUUUCUGUCAAAUCGGGCGGCUUUCCACCACUCCUGUCGACGUCUUCUAAUAUUCCUUGCGCCUUCGGAACUCAACCCGAUUCAAAGAUUUAUCUGCCUUCGGAUUCCACUGACUGAGGCCAUGUUAUAUUUAAGAUAAGUGUACCCUGGAAAAUAAUAAUUAGACGUAAAAUUCCGAAUAAUAAUGUCAUAGAUUCAGGGUUAUCUGGUUGUUGCCAUCGCUCGCAAUAGUUUAGACAUACCUAUUCAUCAUACAUUUCCAAACUUCAGACGGAUUUUUACUUAUUUUUUAGAUUAUAUAUUGCAUAAUUAAAUCAAUAUUUUCAUCGUAAAAAUCCUAAAUAGGAAUUGCCAUGAGAAAGUGACGUCAAAAUUAAAAUGUAUAAUCAUACAAUAUAGUUGCUAGAAUCGAAUUUCGCCAAAAUCAUUAAAAUAAGACAUCCCUAUUUUAGAUAACUUCUUUAUUACGCAAUUGAAAAUUCACCCUGACCAUUAUUACUAAACUCCUACAUAUCUUAGUGUUUUAUCGAUAUCACGAGACCGAGAAUAAUAUAUAUAUAUACAUAUAUAUAUAUAUAUAUAAUUUGACCUAUGUAGGUCUGUUUCAAUUCACGUCUAUCCACGUGUAGUGUGAUAUUUGUGGUUAUAAUUGUUAUAAAGAUUCUCUCGACCUCUUGUGAUCGAUUGGCAGAAAUGAAGCUAUAGGUUCGAGCGGAACGACUCGAACUUGUUCACUCGCCUGAACCACUUGGGUGCUACUUAAAAGAAUAGUCCCGCUUCGUCUCUGCCGUAGCGCAGUGAGCGGAAAGAAAGUAUUUCAGACAAGAGUAACAAUUCCAAUAUUAUUCUCCGGAUCGUAUAUUCUAGCAUAAAUUGACGACAAUUGUGUAUAAACAAUUGGCUGUUUAUACGAUGUGUUUAAAUUAAACAUAAUCUCUUGUGCCCUAUAGUUGUAAUGUAUAGAUUUUACAAUAUGUUUGUUACGUGUUUAUGAAUAAAAUGUUCUUAAAAAAAUUAAUAUUAACGUCUGGGUGCCUGUGUGCUUUCGUAAACGUUUAUCUCGAUAAUUCCAGUCAGAUCUCUUUACUGUGUUUUUAAAUUAAAAUAAUGUAUUAUGAUAUUUUAAAUUAAUAACAUAUCAGUGCACUAAACGCAUCAAAUAAAUAAUAACUCGAUAGACUUCUUCGUGAAGAGAAAUCUUUUUUUUUCUCUAACUUUGUGGUUAACCUAAACUGUAGUGCAUCCCUCCCGAUAUUAAAAUGACGUGUGAUUUAAGUUAUGUAAAUGUUAUAAUAUAUUGAUUAGUUUUAUAAAUGUAUUUAUUGGAUUUUGAAGGGUAUUUAUAGAUGUUUGUAAUUCUUGUUAAGAAUAAUGUAUGUUCUGAUUAUUAGACAUAGUACAAAUAUAAUCUGUUUGGAA